AUGCUAACGCUGGCAAGCAAAGUAAAGCACGAUGAUGGUCUCAAAGGGUCCCGGACAUCAGCCACAGCGUCUGACUCCACUGGGAGGGUUUCUGUGAGAGACAAGUUGCUUGUUAAGGAGGUUGCAGAACUUGAAGCUAAUUUACCUUGUCCAUGUAAAGUGCAUUUUCCUGAUCCAAACAAGCUUCAUUGCUUUCAACUAACUGUAGCCCCAGAUGAGGCUUACUACCAGGGUAGAAAGUUGCAGGGUGAAACUGAAGUCCUCAAUGUGUACAACAUGAUGCCUCCCGAGGUGAAAUGCUUGACCAGGACCUGGCACCCCAACAUCACAGAGACAGGUGAAAUUUGCCUAAGUUUACUGAGAGAACACUCGAUCGACAGCACUGGCUGGGCUCCCACACGGACACUGAAGGAUGUUGUCUGGGGAUUAACUCUUUGUUUACUGAUCUUUUUGAAUUUUGAUGACCCACUGAACACUGAGGCUGCAGAGCAUCACCUGCGGGACAAAGGAGGACUUCUGGAACAAAGUGGAUGA